CACGUCGAACGCCACCUCCAUCGCCGCCACCACCGCUGUCGCCACCGUACGUACGCGCCGCUCUUUUCCUCCUUUCCUCUCCCCCUUCCGCCCCCUAGACGCUCUUUUUGCUCCGCCGAUCAUUUCAACUUCGCCGUUAGGCAGGGAUUGGUUACGUUAAUACGUCCGUCCAACUUUUCCAUCCUAGGGGAGGGGGGGUGGGGGAAGAAAAAAAGAACGAAGGAUCAAGUUUUUUCCCCAUAAUAUAAAUUUUCACGGACGACAAGAGAAAAAGUGCAAAUCCUUCUUUCUUUCUUCCUUUCUUUCAUUCCCGGAGAAUCUCGGGCUUAUCCGUUCACGAUUAUUUAUUAUAUACGUGUCGAUAGUUUAUUAGCCGGCUUACCUUCGAAGGCCUUGCCUUCGAACCUUCCGUCCAAUAACCAAGUAUUUUAAUAUAACGCCAUAACGAUCGAUACCGCGCGAAUUUCAUGGCCACGUGAGAUACGGAUACCUUUCCGGAUUUAUGGAGAUUCAUGGUUCGUCCUUUAUCCGUCGAUGCGACAAAUUUUUUUUCUCCCUACCAAAAACUCGAAGAACAAUCUCGAGUUCGUAUUCCUUUUUACGCUUCGUAUCGUGGCUCGUGACCACCUAUCGAAACGUGAUAACGCAUAUCGGUGUAUAAUUAUUUAACGAAACGCGGAACGAACGCGGAAAAAGAAGGAAAAAAAAAAAAAAGGAAAAAAAAAUUCGUCGAUGUCGGAAAUCUGGAUGAAUUAUGCACGGCGGUAGAAGAUACGAGACACUUGUAACGAAAACAAACAAUGUAAUUUCGCGUCCUUGCCUUCUUCUCGAUUUUUUUGUUUGUCAAUUUAACCCAAUCAGUUGAUCGAUCUUUUCCCCGAUAAGGACAACAAAUCGGAUAAGAGAUCUUAAAAGUCAAGUGCACGAUACUGUUUCCGUAUAUAAAGAACGAUUUAUCAACGGACCGAACCUAUUUCGAGAGACACGCGAACACACAGUGAUUUCGCGAUUUAUCGAAAAAUAAUCGCGAGUAUUUAUUUUUGAACGUUGGAAAUAAUCGUACCAUCGUUUAUCUCAUUAUCGAUUUCCAAAUCAACGGUGAAGAGAUUCUUUCGUUUUCAUUUUUAGCUCAAGAUGCGCCUCUUCGCAUUGGUCUUAGCCACCGUGUUGAUCACCUGUCAUGCGUCAUCCGUGAUCGAGAUAUAUCGAAACAACGAAUACGACGAAUACGAGAACAAAGGAGGUCAACUGGUUGGAUUUCUUGAAAAAUUGAAGGAAUAUAUAAAGAAUGGAAACCCCAAGCUUUCCAUUCCCGUCCUCGAUCCUCUUCAAAUCAAGAAUAUGAGUAUCGAUUUGAACGAGAAGGGUUUGAUCUCACUAAAGGGUAUACUGAAGAACUUACGUUCCAAUGGUUUGUCCGAUUACAAAGUAAAUCAAGGCGAUUUUAUGCUCGCUGGUCUCAAAGUCGACGUCGGCCUUCUUUUCAAUCAAAUCAGCGUCAUGACCGACUACAAUGUAACCGGCACACUCGUCGAUAGUUUUUCCAUCUUCGGUAAUGGAAACAUCCGCGUGGUCGUUAAAGGUCUUAACGUAACGGUAGACAUGAAAUUGGGUGUAAAGAAUAACACACUAAACAUUUCGAAUCUGACGUUCAAUGCCCAUUUAAAGGAAUUCAAUUGCGCGAUCACCGGAUUAUACAACGACGAGGAGGUGUCCAAGCUUUUGAGCAAAGCUAUUACCGAGGUGUUACCCGGAUUACUCGACGAUUAUCAAACUGAGAUAUCGAAUUACGCGAGUCCGAUUAUUGCCAACACGUUGAACAAAUUCCUCAAUAAUCUCUCGUUGAAAGAUUUGAUAGAUAUAAUUAGAGGUUGAUGAUUAACUUUAACAAUUAUCCGAUGCGUCUAAGAAAUAAAUUCCAAUACAUAAAA